AUGCGGAACUCCCUGGGGCGGUGGCCCGCGGCGGGCGGGGCGCCGGCGACAUGGAGCGGUACCCUGGUACCUUCGAGGAGGCGGCGGACGGAACCCGGCAGCAGGAGCGACACUACCAGCUGUUGUCGGCCCUGCAGAGCCUGGUCAAGGAGCUGCCCAGCUCCUUCCAGCAGCGCCUGUCGUACACCACGCUCAGCGACCUGGCCCUGGCGCUCCUGGACGGCACCGUGUUCGAAAUCGUGCAGGGGCUGCUGGAGAUCCAGCACCUCACCGAGAAGAGUCUGUACAACCAGCGCCUGCGGCUGCAGAACGACCACCGAGGCCGUGGAGCACCGGAUCCGGGAGGAGCAGCGCCGGAUGGAUGAGAAGAUCGUCCUGGAGCUGGACCGGAAGGUGGCGGACCAGCAGAGCACGCUGGAGAAGGCGGGUGUCGCCGGCUUCUACGUCACCAGCAACCCACAGGAGCUGGCGUUGCAGAUGAACCUGCUGGAACUCAUCCGGAAGCUGCAGCAGCAGGGCUGCCAGGCGGGGAAGGCAGGCUUGUGA